AUGAGCCUCGAGGGUCGAGUCGAAAACUUUCUCCGCGGUCUGGUCGGACGUUCUUCGACCAAACAGCCUCCGGCAAUCCCGAAACCUCGAAGCCGAUCAGCCCAUACCAGGUCUUCAGGAGUCGUCACUUAUCCGGAACUUCCCUUGGCCCGUUCUCCAUCAACUAGAAGGUCCUUUAAGAAAGAAAACACAGCUGGAGACACAGUAGGCCGUUUUUAUUGAGUAUCAACUUUUAGGAUCUUCCUCUUCAAACAGAUCCCAAUCAACCACUCUCUGAAGAAGAUACAAUGCAUUGGAUGAAGAGGUUCAGAAAAUCAUUUAGAGGAAGAUCAGCAAGGAAGACAAUCAAACCGACGGAUACGGUGACAACAAAGGAGGAGAAAACGGAUAAGAAUACGGAGCCUAGCAAGAAAGAGAAGAAAAAAGAACCGUUGAUUCGAAAGGACACAAUAGUGGUGGACCCGAAGAAGAAGUUGAUUGUGCAGAGAACAAGGUCCAUCACUCACAAACAGAUCGUGGACAAGGAAAGCCGAGAUCCUCCACAACCUCUGGUCACCCAUUUCCCGGUGGAUAACCCUGAUUUAGUAAUGACUUCCGUCGAAUACGAUCAGUAUGGAGGAAUGUCGCCUCAGGCAUUAUGGGGGAAAAAACCAGAGAACUAUCAGAAACCGAAUCAGGAGAGUGGAUACAACAGUCCACUGGAAGUGCAGGUAUCCCCCACUAACGUGACAUCAGGGCCGACUUCCAAAUCCAAUCCUCGAUCUCCAUCAUUACCACCAUCUAGAUUCUCAUCCCCAGGAUCACCGGUUCAUCAUUCCCAUCCCCUGGACCGACAGAGAUUCCUUGCCAAGUCAGAGUCCAAUCUUCGAAGACUAUUGUCCUCAGAUAACUCGGAACAAAUGGUUGCAUUCCUCAGAAAACAAGUGCAGGAGACCAAAUAUGUGACGGCGGUGUUCGAAUCAGCGAAGGGAGGGAUCGCCCCGAUCCUGGGGGAUAUCGUGAAGGAGAUGAGCCACUGGCUGGGAACAUACUCGAGACUUCUGGCGGUCGCUUGUGAAGUCCACUGGUCUGUUCCCGAAAAGAUUCGAAGUCGAGUGGUCGAGAUAAGGUGAGAUUACGCAAGGAUCUUGCAUGAUAUUAUAUCUGGUCCCUGAGGGAUUAACAGACAGUUGCAUAAGGUUUCGUUUCCUCGAUUCUUAGAACGGAAUAUUAGAAAGUCCCCUUCUUUGGUGUCGUUAGUCAGUAAUUUGAGCCUAAAUGUCUUCUCCAGAUGUUUCUGUUCUCCUUUGUUUUCGCAUAAUUCCAGAAUGAAAGAGGAAUUGCAUCGUGUCCUAAGGCAAAACAAUUCCCGAGUUCUCAGACUGUACGAUGAGAAUGGAGGUGUCAUUCCAUUAAAUUUAAUCGACUCCAAAACCGAAGAGAAUUGUGCCCGGGAUGCGGGUCUAGACGCUUUCCAAGGUAGGGGCAAGCGAUGAUAAAAACUUUUCGGAAGGAAUCUAUCGACGAUAUUACCCAGCCCUCCUCAACCUGCAGGAUUACACAACUAUGGACACUCACAAGUCAUAUUGGACGUUGGAAAACCUCGGAAAUUACCGUACCCCUCUUCAACCGGCCCCAACCAAGUUUAUGUAUCGGCCAUCGAGGGAUAUUCUGGCCAAGAAGAGUAUUGUGGCCUUGAAUAUGGCCGUUCUCCGGAUGCAUGGAGAUGAUUGGGAUUACGAGAAUGAAGCCAGGAAGCCUUGA